AUGAUUGGGACUGACCAGGGAGAACACGCCAUUCUCACCAGUCCGUGGAUGUGUGAAGACAAUGUCAUGACGAUCUGUGUCCAGUUUGAUUACAAGUUUGAUGACAGAACUGGGGGCACACUGACUCUUCGGUUGUGUAACUUCACCUCAGGAUGCGAGGUUUUGUGGUUCGCUAAUUCUAAUGACAACAAGCCAAACACCUGGCACCAUGUUAACAAAAGUGGUAGCCUCAUUCAGAGAGGAAAGUUUCAGAUUCAGUUUCGAGGAGAGAAGACAAAAGAUUAUUCUUUUAACCUAGAAACAGACUUCUACCUCGACAACAUCUUUUACGAGAACACCUCUUGCACCAUCGACUCGACAACUACUUCACUAACGACAACAGAUCUCUCAACUUCCGGUGAGAAAGUAACAACAGACACUUAUACCGACAUUUCCACCCCAGCGGAGUCUGAUGAAGAUGACAGAGAAGAAACCAUCACUGCGAACGACGACGAAGAGUCAUCUCAGUUAAUAAUGAUCGCAGCGCUCAUCGCAGUCUUGAUGCUGACGGCGGCUGUCGUGGUUGUCGUUGUUUACUUCAGACGCCAGAGGGCAGACUCUGACACCGGAAGCAAAAAAAGCUCCAUAAACAGAGAUCCUCGAAGUUCCAUAGCUAUGGUCACCAACGAGUUCUACGACAUAGCAGAUGGCGCUCCUAACAUUGAUGAAGGCAUCCUUCUACAAGACCUGGGUACUUCUCCAGACCCUGACAACUAUUACUCUGUAAUUGACGACACGGGUGGAAAUGAGGAGGUGAACACACAGUCUAACCCGGAUGUUGUUGUGCACCAUGGAUGUGACAACUACGAGAUUGUUGAUCUAGAUGAAGACAAUGUUCACUGGAAACCUCAACAACCUGCCCCGGGUAUUACUUCCCACAGCUAGCACUGAACUCGAGGAAGAUAAUCACUGUAGUAGUUGCCCCUAAAUGUCAACUGAAACAUGAUUUCAUUAUUUAAAAAUAGGAGCCAGCAGUGUUUCUGUAUAUUUGUAGUGACAAGUGUAUAUAAACGUGUAUAUACAUGUGUAUAUAUUUAUAGAUAUGUCUGGGUGUGUGCGCGUAGUUUAAAAUUAAAAUACACUUGACCCUGGGAUAGCUUAUGAACAAACAAAUGUACGAUACAUACGAUAACUAACUCUUAUUAAACUCGAGAGUCGUGUGGUCAGA